AUGGACCCGCGUGAGUUAACAGGAGGCUUCGACACUCCCAGAGGCACUCCGCAGCCCUGUAUUCUCGAUCGAAAGAGGCCUGUUGCCCGCUUUCCUGAUUCAUUUUCUUCGAACCUUGGUCGGAAAGCUUCUUCAUUCUUCUCUCAAGAAGAUUCAGCUUCUGGAGUUGACAAAAACUACCCUUCUCCUCCUCCCAUUCCCGAGAGCAAGAGCGUUCUUCAUCGCAAACGAGACGUCAUUCCUGGCUUACCUUCACCUCAUCCCCUACCUCGAAAUCGACAGAUAUCAACCGUUUCUUCAGUCAAAGCCAUAGUUGCCAAGUUUGAGAGCGCUGGGGACGCUCUCGAGAAGUCCGACAAAAUGGCUGAUCACGAGGAUCAUCACCUCAUUCCCUCUUCGCCCGUUGUCGACAAGCACAAGGACAAAGCCUCCUUCGCCGAUGAUGCCGACACCAGCGCUGCUUCGCCACAGACUUUUCAGCCUCCCAAUAUUGGCGAAGGAAAAUCUGACAAUAGCGACGUCGAUCUCGAGCUCCUCAAAAUGCAGGAGUUCUUCAAGGGUGAGCCUCUUGCUCGCUGCCUCGAAGACUACAUCCCUCCAACCUACAUCGACAAGAAGACGAAAAUCCUUCCUCUCGAGAAGGAUUGUGGCAAGUCCAUGGAGAAGGCCGCCAAAGUUGAGCUUUGGAACAAGCUGGCCUCCCUUACCGACACUCUCGAAGCGCAAUACCCAUCUGUCAAGGAAGAGCGCGAGGCCAAGCAUGCAGUCAUUUCUGCGGCGGCCGCUUACCUCGAAGAGGCUCUCGGAGAGUCACCUAAGAAGCUAGCCCAGGUUGUAGCGACACAGACAAGCACCAAGGCCUCUCGAAGAGCAGAGAAGAAGGCACAGAAGAAAGCUGACAAAAAGGCUCAAAAGGCUGCCAAGCUGGAUAACUCCAUCGCCAACACUCUUGCAGUCGCCUCAUCGUCCAUGAACGAACAGGUCGCUCGAGAUGAACCGUCACUUCGUGAGAAGUAUCCUGAGAUCUUUGCUAAGAUCGACUAUUGGAGAUCUCUUCCAGACCCCGAUGCGCCAGCUGACGUUGACGGCGACUAUACCUCGAUUGCUGAUAUCGACUCUUCUCAGUCGAAUGAUCAGCCUAUUGAUCAGUCAAUCAAUCAACCCGUUUCGAAGGCUGCCGUGGAAGAAGCUCAGUCGAUCCCAAAGCAGCGUCACAACACUCUGUCAACCAAGGUUGAGGAUGACAAGACCCUUGCUGAUGAUUCCUCCGAGAGUGAUAAUUGGAGCACUGGCUCGUCUAAUGGCGACCCGUUCUACCUGAACAAAUACCUCACUCCGUCUUAUCAGGCUGCUGCCAAAGUCUUCCUUGAGGACUUUGAGCGAAAGAACCCCACUCAGCCGAUUACCAAAUCGACAGUUCAGCAAGCCCUCCCCGAGGCCACUGAAUGCGAGGAGUCAUUCAAAUUCGUCCAGAGAGACCCGAAGGAGCUUUCCGAUACCGAGGAAACCAAGAAGGACAAGGCUAUAGAGGCUGAGAAGAAGAGAAUUGAGCUCAACAAGCGCUCCCACGAACGCGUCGACGCUGCUCACGCAGAUGGAAACAUCGUUCAUUGCGUCAAUUACAAGUCUGCUCGUGACGCCGUUGAGACGAACAUCAAGAAAGAGGAUAUCGUCCCCAGCUUCGGCCAGAAGAAGCAGCCUGCUCCCGAAUUUGACGAAGAGGCUUACGCCACGCGCUCAAUCGCUUCCCAUACUUUGAAGCCUGCACCGCUGCGUCUUCCUUCGCGCAUGAAGAAGCCCUUUACUGGAAGCGACAAGAUCGACGUCAAGAGCACCACUCCGACUCAGGCUAAGACCCCUCUGCCCCCCGGUGCGCUGUCUGUCAAUACCAACAAGUACCGCAUGGUCACUGGAGAUUUUGCGACUCUCGGCGUUGGCUUCGGCAAAACCAGCAACAGAAUCGCCAGCGGUUCCUCUACUCACAGCAGUCGUGGCGCCGUCAACUUCAGCUGGCCCAAGGCCCAGCAUGCCGAUGCCAAGAACAAGUACGAGUUCAACGACGACGAUGACUCAGACUACGACAUGGACAAGAAAUCCAACACUCUUCCUACUAAGCUCAAUACUAGUGUUCAAUGUUCGGAUUCUGUUUCAGUUCAUCCCCGAAUUGUGAGUGCUGGUGGCCGAGCCCGUGAGAUGCACAAGGAUGGCGACGCUUUCGACAACAAAUCGGCUUAUGGGCACUAUGGCUCGGCGGCUUCUGCCACCGCGCAGUCCAAAGGUUCUUCUCAGAAUUUUUCAUACACACCUGCCCAGCCGAACACUACUUCCUCAAAUGGCAACGACGAAGAGAAACAACGCCGCAGUUUCACCGCAGACGAGUACCAGACUCUCAUUCAGGAAGAUUACGAUGCCUUCGCCAAGGACUCACCCGAGAAGAAGCAGAAGCGGCUUGAAGAUGCCAUGACUGGCUCGAAGACCGGUUCCUCGAUGAGAACCACCGAAGUCACUUCGAACAUAACGCAUCAUACCGUGGUUGUUCCCGCUCACCACCAGGGGUUUACCGUUCGUCUGCCCAACGCCACGGCUCUACCGCCUACCCCGGCCACUUCUCACGCCCCCAUGACGACCGGCGAGAAAAUGGCUGAACUGGACGACUUCUUCUCCGAGGAGAACGACCACCGGUACACGACUACUCGCACCAACACAGGCUCGACCUACAGCUCGGACUACGGCGAUGGAGCAGGCACCAGCGUCCAGGAUCAAGUUCAUGAUCAGCCCUGGAACGAUGCCGACUACCACGAGGAGGCCCUCUCGUACGGUUAUGCCUACAAGCAGACCAACUACCAUGCUCUACCGCACUCCGUGAACCCCGUUCCUCUCACUCAUGAACAGCGCCACCAGGUCCUCAAGAGCUACGGCAUACCCGCUGACCAGUACCCCGCCCCUCCGAUCGGUUAUCCCAACCCUCCCGGCCCGGACGAGGGAUCCAAAGCGCCUCCUUGCCCUAUCCGUGCUGCACCUGUAGCACCCACGACUCUCAGUGCCGCCGAAGGCGGUGGCGAUGGAGCAGGCAGACGCGUCGACAGAUCCAGCGCCGACGAUGGAGCUGCCGUCGAGAGUCUGCGCAAGCACCGCCGUUUCCGACGAGCUGCUACGGCCCCCCCUGCACCUGCUCCUGUCAGCCCUGCUCCUGGCUACGACGCUGACUGGUUCUGA